UGAAUUCCACGAAAAAAAAAAAACCGUCUAGUGGGCUUGUUUACAAAUAUUUACAAGCCCCUACACACAACCUUCGUGUGCACCAGUAUAGAUGACGCACGGAAGUAAAAAUAUACGAAAAACAAAAAUAUGGCCGCGCGUUAUUACGGUGACGUUUUUAAGGCGAAAAUACGAAAUUACAAUAGGUACUGGCCCACGGCCGAUACGUGAACAAUUUUUAAUGUUUCCCCGGUGAAGCCGAAUUGAAAAAUAGAAAUAAGAAAAAAAAAUAAAAACAAAAAUCGACGAUCGCUAACGUGGACGAAUGCCAAUCGUCUAGAAAUAGACCGUUUGUUUGCCGGCAAUUUAGUUUAUGUUCGCGUUAUCCAACCUUCAAACCACACAACAGGUAGUGCCGCCAAGUACUUAGGUACGUUAGUACCCGUAACACUCAAACUUUGAUUAAACGUUCGCGUAAAAAUGACGACGACGAAAGCUACCGAAGACGCUGCAGGAUACAAUCUCGUGCAGGUAUGUCACCCGCGUAUAUUAUAUUCACAGAUCAAUAUAUCGAAUAGCAUAUUACUAUUAGGGAAAACGAAUGUAACAGGUAGCGUUCAAACUUUAAUAAUAAUAUACCUAAUCGUUAAAAGUGAUAAAAAGGUUUGGUUGUUUUUUAGAAAAAAUCCUCGUAAUUUUUUUCUGGUAAAUUUUUGAUAACGACGUAGAAUUGUUUAAGACGCGAACUGUUUUUAUAAGAUACAUAGUGAUAAAUCUUUAAUAUAUUUUAAACUUUUUUUCUUAUUUUUAAUCUCCAAAUAAAGUGAUGCGCAUACCAUAUAGAUUUUUUGUAAAUCGAUAAAUUAUAACUAUUCGAUAAAAUUAAUGUACAAAGAUAUAUUUUUAGUAGGAAGGACAACCAAUGACGAACAUGAACCACAUGCAUAUUAUUACGUACCUAUACAACUAUUUUCAUUAAGUGAUUUCUCAACUUAUGUUUAUUACAAUUUACUUUGCAUAAUACAUAAACAUAGAUAGAUGAAAUAUUAUUAUAUUGUCUAUGUUAACAAAUACACUCGAGGGUUUGCGUGUGAUGGUUAUUCACAGAUUGUUAACAAUUGUUAAUAACGAAUUAUUCACAUUUACAACAGUAACAAGUAUUAACAAUCCUUAGCGAUUAAUCCGAUUAGUUUUAAUUUGAUAACGAUAACGGUUUCUUAACAAUAAAAUAUUACGAUCUUCUCAAAUCAAAUAUUUAUUAUAUUGUAUAAUAUUAAGUAUACUAAAGCAUCUAAACGCCUCUUUGCAAUAUCCCCUUAUCACAAUAAAAUCGCCACACCUGACCUAACAACACACACAUUAUUGUUAAAAAAAUUUUUUUAGCAAGGUGGGGUUAUAUUAAACAUGAACGGUGUAGAAUGUUUACUUGAUUCUUCCAAAUAUCGUGGUGAUUAGCGGUUAGCAAAUAAACUACCUUAUCGGAUAUAUUUAUAUUAUACCUCAUCUCCAUCGUGCGCAUCCCUUUUCCAAAAUAAUUAGUUCCUUAAGGUCCUCGUAUUUUUCUUUCUUCUCUUUUUUUCCUUCGUAACUUGGGUUAUAAAUUCCGCGCUUCUUUCGUCUUCUCUUUCUGUCCCCUUAAAUUUUUAUUUAAUAAACAUCCACGUAUCUUAGCGACCUAUCGUCUUAUCUCUACUAGAUCCACAUAAUAUAGUUUCCGGUUUUUAUUUAUCCCGUCUUAUAAGUUUUCGUUUUUCUGAAGAAGUGACGUUUAUUCUUUUUACUAUUUUAUUUUUACAUAUUUAGAAACACGACCACGCAUAAUGAAUACAAAUAAUCGAAAAAAAAUGUUGACUUUUUUUAUACGUCAUACAUUUGUUUAAUAUUUUUAAAAAUAUUCGGAAAAACGUUUCGUCAGGGAAAAUAAUAUUUUCAAAACUAGUUCUAAAUAAUACUUUUGCAAAUAAACUUACUCCUAGGUUUACAUACAUAGGUAUACGAGGUGUGGCUAUUAAAUAACGAGACUGGUUACGCAAAAGUGUUUUAUUAUAAAAGUUAUUCUACAUUCAAAUGAUCGCCUUCAAUAUACUCCCCUCUCCUCGCCACACACCUUUUCAUUCGUUUCUUCCAUUGCUCGAGGCAGUGCUGGAAGUCUGUUUUCGUAAGACCAUUCAGGAGUUCCGCCGAUUUUUAUUUCACCUCUUCCAUCGACUCAAACCGGAUUCCUUUUAAGGCAGACUUUAUUUUCGGAAACAAGUAAAAGUCGCAGGGUGCCAAGUCGGGUGAGUAAGACGCGUGUUCGAGUACUGGAGUGCCUUAAGCGGCCAAAUAACGCUUCACGCUUUAUCCUGGUGCAAGAUCCACGACUUGUUUUUCCACAAUAUCGACCGUUGCUUACGAACUCAUUCGCGCAAUGUUGCCAAAACUGUCAAAUAGUAACGUCGGUUCACAGUUUGACCCUCUAGAACCCAUUCAGUCAUCACGAUGCCGUUGAUAUCGAAGAAAACGGUUUUGAAUUUGGAUUAAGACUGAAUUAGAUUCCGGUGCACUCUCGACCUUCAGAAAAUAAUUUAUGCCACUCAAAAACACACGCCCGAGAUAGGAAAUCCUCACUAUAGGCCUCUUUUAACAACUUAUAGCACUCAGUUGGAGUUUUUUUUAGUUUAACGAGAAAAUUUUACGUUUAUCCGUUGUUCAUGUUUUUCGUCACACAUGGUUUUCGACACGAGAAAAAAACACGUUAAUUUCAAAUCACUACUGCACAAAUACUAUAAUAGUGACGAAAACGUGUUUUGGUACGUGCAUAGAUAAGAUAUCUAGAUACCCAACGAAUUACUCGUUUUUUUCACUACCCAUCUAAGGCGCCUUUUAGACGAGCAGUCUCGUUAUUUAAUAGCCACACCUCGUACACAUAUACAGUAUUUUAUGGAUACAUUUGAAACAUAAUUCAAGUGAAAUUUUGGGCAGAAAAUAUAUCAAUAAAAUAUAAUUUUCCUGUAUACGACCAAAAAGUUUUCCCAGAGUGCUUUAAAAAUAUUAAAAAACUCAACUUUUUACCCACUUUUAAGAACGAACCAUGUUGUAUUUAUGAUAAUUGAGAGAUCGGGCUUGAUUCUUUUAAACAUAUACUUUAGUAAAUGCCUUAACGUUCCUACUUCAAAUAAAUUAAGUUAACUAAGAAAUAAAAAACUAAAUUUCAAAAAGACAUAAAAAAAACUACUACAUUACGAUUACACUCAACUUUUUUUUUUAUUACUAUUGUACAACUUAUGAUAAACCUCGUGAUAAAUUUUCAAUCAUUUCUGCUAAACCAAAUGAAUGCUUCCCACAUAAAACUAAAUUAAAAAACACGGACAUGCUUAGCACGUGUGUGUAACCGCUGUUGUAGGUAGGAAGUUGGGAAGGUAAGAUACAGACGGAAUUUAAUGUAUAUCUGUAGGCAACGAUAAACCAUUGCUAACGAAAAAACGAUUCUGAAAUGAGUUCAGUUAAUAAUGAUGCUUAAGUAUAGAAUAAAUAAAUAUAUAAAGAAUAAUAGUUAAAAUAAUGUAUUGAAAUUGAAAUUUUGAUAUAGAUUGGUCUAUAGUAUUAUUUUUUUCAGUAAUGUGCGUUUCCAUGACAACAAUGAUGGCUUAAAAAAGAUUAAAUUAAUAAAAGCUUAAUAAUAGCAAAAAAUAAAUAAAAACGGUUGCCAAUGACAACCUUAAUUAUGUUUAAUCUUCCAAUCUUUUUUAACCUAAAAAACCAGGUUUUUCUCAUUAUCUUGAAUAUUAAUGAGAAUUUCAAGUAUUUAUUUAAGUAUUUCUUAAGUAUUUCUUAUUUCAAUUUCUUAACGUACCACCCAGAGAACAUUUCCUUUCAAAAAAGGUGCUAUACUUGAUAAUCGGAGUAAGCUUUCUGGUAGAAAAUGUGUUCACAAAAAAAAAAAAAUAUAUUAUUCUAAAACCAAUACAUUUCUCGCUCUACUCAGAAUCUAAACUUAUAAACUCUAUAAAUUACUAAAAAUUUGAAAAUUUGACUACGUUUAAAUUUAGAACACCCAAUAUAAUAACUCUGCCGAAAUUCCAAGCUUCUACAAUUAUUUCUAACUGAAUUACAAUGAAAUAAACAAAAUCAGAUGCGUAUCAAUUUUGUGUAAUUUUCCUAUUAUUUUCCUAAAUAAAUAUUGAGUAAACUAUAAGGAAAAUCGAUCAAAAUACCACCUCCCCAAUGCGCCGACUAAACAGAUUUGCUUUUAGAAAAGACGCUACACUUGAUUAUCUGAACAAAAUUGUCGAUAAAAAAGUUGUAAUAAACGAAGAAAAAAAACGUAAAACAAUAAUCACUUAUUAUCACGGCAUAGAAAAAUCUGUAAACCCAAUACUUUCUUCACUUGGUUCAGAAUCUAAAAUUAAAGGGUAGGUAAAAUAAAAAAGAAAUAGAAAUCAAGAGACAUAAAAUAUUAUAGGUGUUAUUAGUAUCAAAAAAAUUAACGCUGCGAGUAUAUGAUAAAAACUGUCUAUUUUUACUUACCUACAGUUUAUUUAUAAUACGAAUUAAAUAUAAAUAUAUACCUAGAAUGUUUUCAAUUAUACGUUAUACAGAGUGAUUGACAUAACAUAAUAGACACUCAUUAUCUCGGAAAGUAUUAACAUUUUUUGUUUAUAGCAUUUAAAAAAUUAUUAGCUCUUAAAUUUUACAUUUCUCUUUUUGUUGUUUUCCUCAUUUUAGUAGGUGAAACUACUUUCUACUUUUUUUUUUUUUUAAAUGGCAACCUUUAUAAAAAAAAAAUCCAUAAAUAGAUGGAUUAUUGGAUUAAAUCAUUAGUGCUGUUAACAUUUUUAAUUUACGUCAAUCCAUUGACGAGGUAUUCCACUUUUAAAUUUUGGCUAAAGAAGAGUAGUAGUACAUUAUUAAAACAUCGUGCCCAAAUGAUGCUCCACUACUCUCCCCUGAUCAAAAUUUAAAAUUAUAAUAUCUCGUCAACAGAUCGACGGAAAUCAAAAAUAUCAACACAGAAAUUUAUUUUAACUAAUGCGCCAUUUAUUAUGAAAUUUUUAAUUUAGGUUGACGGUUGAAAAUCAAAAGUAGAUAGUGGUUUCAGUGCCUAAAAUAAGGGUGACAAAAAAAAAGUAAUUUAACAUUUUAGAGCUACUAAUGAUCUAAAAAACAAAUUCCCAAAAAAGUUAAUAUUUUUCGAGAUAAUAAAAGUUUUAUUUUAUGUUGCAGAUAAAUUUGUAUAACGUAAUAUUUAUAACCCUUUAUACCUAUAUAUAUAUAUAUAACGUUUGUAAAUUUUUAGUCUUUACUCAAGUUCAAUGACGGAACUUACGGCGGCCGAGAACGUAUGGUUCAUAAGCCCGCUUGGAAAAUGCUGUUUUUGAUGUUAAAAUAUCUAAACUGCUACCCGGAAUUCAGUGAGUAUAAUAAUAGGAACUAAUAGCUGCUAUUUUUAAAAUCGUAAAAGUACAUUUUUACGCUUUACAAAAAAAAAUUGCUAAAAAUAUCAACUCCAAAGUAUAUUUAACGUUUAUAAUUCGGUACCUAUUAAAAAUAAAUGAACACGAGUAUUGUCAAGAUUAAAAAUUGUGUUUUAUAAGUAUACACGAAAAAGUAAUUUUGUUCAAAAUAUUACACAGCACUUUUUAUAUUUUAAAUUAAAAUCUUAAAAAUCUCAAGAUCUUUGAAUAUAUUUGAACGUAUAUACUUAAUUAUUUAAUAUCUCACGCUAUGUGCUCGUACAAAAAUCGUGUUGACAUAAAAUGUUAAAAAUCUAUGAUACAGAUUUUCAAUUCAGUUUUAGACGUAAUAUACGAAUGAUAUCGUUCACGAUAUUCAAACGUAUUGAGAGGUAGCUUGAUAUAUUGAAUUUCGUGGUUCAAAAUAAAAUAAUACCCACUUCGCUAAAACGCGCAAGUAUAAUACAUCCCAUUAAAAAUAAUAUACCACUAAAUUGUAUUGAUUAAAUAGAAACAAUACUAAAAAGUACAAAUGCAAUGUAUGUUUCACCGAUUAUAAUUGUUAUUUAUUUAUCAAUUGAAUCGUGAGAAUUUUGGAUGACCUUAUAGUUCACAGACAUUUUUUUAACAUUUAAACGAUCCAGUAGCGUAUCCAAAUAGGAGAAGGCAAUAGGGGCAUUUGCCCUCCCCCCCAAAUACUGUAAUAUAGUAUGCUAUUUUUUUGUAUUGUGGACUACAAUACAAGACAAUUUGUGGUAAAAUAUUUACCAAAUUUAACUGUAGUAAAUGGUUUUAACCAAGAUUGUAUUCAAACCAUCUAUGUAUGUACUUUUAUUGAUAAUGAUGUGAAAUCCUUUACAAUGUGAAAGAAAAUUUCUAAGCUGAAGAUUUAUUAAUUAUUAAUAAUAAAUCUAUGCAACUGAAUUGAAACAUGAUUUAUAAAAAAAUGAUAGUGUAAUAUUUAAAUAUAUUAUUAUUGGCAUUAUUUUUCAAAUUAGUUUUAUUAUACUGCAAUAAACAAUAAUUCGGAGAAAAUAAGUGGAAAGUAAAGUAAAAGUGUAUUUUAAAAUUUAAUUAACUUAUCUUAAGUUGUAUGUAUUUGUUGUCAUAAAUAAAUCAUUGUCACUAAUAAAUAGUAGUAAGUUAAGUUGAUGAAAAUCAAAAAUCUAAGUUUAAAAUUAAAAAAAUCUCGACUUUUAUAACUUUUUAAUUCGUUAAAGCCCGAAAUUGAGUAUUUAAUUGUAAAUUAUUAUUGAUGACUUGUGCAUUCAAUCCACAGAUCAGUUGCCGUAUCAUUUGACUCCUAUAAUAUUGCACAUACCACCGGAGUACCGUCAGAUAGUGUUGAAGGAUCCGAUGAUCGUUCGAAAACGUCACAUGGAUUUGUUGCCAAUCAAAUACGGUUAUCGAGAGUUUUUGAAGGCGCACAUAAACCGUUCCAGAGCGUUGCCUUAUCAAUACGUACUCUGGGAAGGCGGUUUCGUGUUGGUCGUAUUUUGUUUCUACGCGAUCGGUAAGCUGCAGCUCGUAUAGAUAUAUUUUAUUUCAUUGUCGAUUUCAAUAUGAACUUCAUCCUGGUGUUGAGAAAAAAUUAUGUUUUUUUGGCUUUGCGCACUCCUAUAAACCCUCUAAAUGUAGCUAGGGAGAUAACAUUUUGUGCUUGCAUGGUGUAAGUAUCAAGUAUGUGCCUUUAAUUGAUUUCAACUUUCAACCCUAUCCUCAACCAUUCAUAUGAUCAAAUUUCAUGUUUUCACAGGAAAUAUAGGGUUUUAAUUACCGUUACAGCUAGACUCAUAAAAGUAAGAAACUUGAUUAAAAGAUGUAAACUACAUAAAUAUAAUUUUUGUCAAGAAUAUGCCUUUAGAAGAUUUGAACUUCCGACUCUCCACCAAAACGUCUGUAUUUUAUCAAAAAUCUCAACAACUACUUUGCCUAUUUUGAUAAAACAAAUUUUUGUUCAAUUCAUAAUCGUUAUAAAAAAAAAAACCUAAAUAUUUUAACAAGUCAACAGGUGGAAAAUUCGAUUCUAGUAACGGUGUUUUAUCGCUCAUGUAUUUUUUUUUUUUUUUUGGAAGUAGUUUAUUAUAUAGUUAAGUAUAGAGUAGUAUUAUAUUAUUAUAGUAUUCGUUUGUUUGUUGUUUUACAACGAAUAUUUCUAUAAUACAAAAUAGGUGGGGGGGGGAAUUUGACUAUGGUGACGGAGGUCUGCUGCUUACGGGUGUUUUUUAAUUUAUACCAUAUGGUCGGUACCUAUAUUAUAAUACCAUUAUCAAGGUUCUCUAUACAAAUUAUACACUCCAAACAAUAAUUAUUAAAAUUAUGUUAUUCGUAUAUACUCAUAAUAAUAAAUGAUGAUUCACAUUUGCAUUUGCAUAGUGGUUCUUAGAAUUAUUUAGAGUUCCGACACAUAAUGGGCACUUAAUAUUAUUAAACCGUUCUGAUCGCUUUUAAACGGUAGUAUUAGACCGAUUGGCAAUGAUGUUUAACGAACUUCGUACAAUUAUAUAAUAUCGCAUACAUAGGUAUUAAGUCGUAUAACCUUUGGCCCUUAUUUCAAAUAAUAAUAUACUUAACUAUAUUUUAGUUAUUAAUUAUAAUCAUCAUAGAUAAAAAUAUUAUUGUAUGGGUAGGUAUUUAAAUAAGGAUGACUAAUAACUGAAACGUACCUACAGACGAAUGACAUCUGAUUUUUUCACAUAAAAGAACAUCUUGCACGCAUUGGCACAAAUUAUUACUUAUCUUAUAACUAUUAAAAAUGUUAUUUUUGUGCGACAAGAACGGUAUGCAGUUAAGUCUCGAGUCUUUGACCUCAUUUAUUCUGUACUAUAAUGACGUAUAGACUCUUUUAAUUUCGGUUUUAGAAUAAGUACCUACUAAUCGCGGACAUUUCCUCCCUACCGGUCUAGUAAGACAUUUUCCCCCCUUAUUUUUAUAAAAAUCUUAUAAUUUAUUAUGAAAUUGUUAUUUUUUUGUCAAAUGUCUAAUUUUAUUUAAAGACAGAAAUCCAAAUAUUUCUAUAAAUAUAAUAUUAUUAUAAAUAAUGUUUAAUAUAUGGAUUAUAAUAAUAACAGGUAUACCUUUGAAAUAAAAAAUUGUUUUAAUCAAUUAGUUGCUUAAAGACUAUUAAGAUAACAGUAUUAUAGAUCGUAUUUGACACAAUAAAGACAAACAAUUUUAAAUGAAUAAAAUAGCUAAAAGAUUUUCUGAAUAUAAUAUAAUUAAUAAUUUAUAAAAAUGGUUGAAAAUUUCAACAUAAAAAUGGUACAAUUUAUACAAAACUUUGAUUUCUAAUUCUUUAUUUAUUUAUUUGUCCUAAAUACAUAUUGUUAGGCCUUUGUUUCAAUUUUUGAACUGUUUAUUUUAAGAAUUUGUAUUUUAUUCAUGGCCACAAAAAAAAUGUUAUAAUUUUACCUUUUUGGAUUCUGAGUUUAGCGAAGAAUAUAUUGGUUUUACAAGGAUGUUUGUUUAUUUUUUUAUUUUUAUGUAAACACUUUUUCUAUUAGGAAGCUUAUACUAAUUAUCAAAUAUAGCACCUUUUUUGAAAGGAAAUGUUCUCUUGGUGGUACUUUAAAGUGGUAAUUUUUUGAAAAUCUCAUUAAUAUUCGAGAUAAUGAGGAAAAUCUGGUUCUUUAGGUUAAAAAAGAUUGGAAGAUUAAACAUAAUUAAGGUUGUCAUUGGCAACCGUUUUUAUUUUAUUUGCUAUUAUUAAGUUUUUAUUAUUUUAAAAAUCUUUUUAAGCAAUCAUUGUCAUGGAAACGCACAUUGUUGUAAUCAUUUUACCAUAAUAUGACAUAUAUAAUAUUGACAAAGCAACACCUUCAACUGAACUUCGCUCGAUAAUGGUUUAUCGUUACUUACAGAUGUACAUUAAAUUCCCGUCUGUACCCUACUUUCCCAAUUUCUCACCUACAAAAGUGGCUGCACCCACGUACUAAGUAUGCCAAUCCUUUUUUUUUAAAACGUUUCCAUUUAUUUACGAUUUUACGAGUUAUAACCACUAAACUACUACUAAGUGUAUAACUGCUUUAAACAGUUUUGAUAUAAAAUUUGGAAAUAAUUUCAUAAAAUAAAUAAUAAACUUUCAAAUAAUAUGGCGCGAAAAUGCCCGAAUAAAAAAUGUUAUCGGGAUAAGAUAUCCUACUGUAGUACUAUACCGAAAACAGUCAGGGGACGGGAAAUCUCCAUAUACCCUUAUAGCACCCGUUAUCCCGUUAUAAAAUAAAAAGAGAACAAUAUUCCGGAGGGCAAUCCGAUGAGUUUUUUAAAAAAAACUAAACUAUUUCAAUAGUUUUAAAUGUCUGUAUAGUUUUUCGAAAAAAUAACUUUAAACCUCCAGUAUAUUUUCCUCUUUUAGUUUUUCAGCAAGUGUUUUUACUCUAAAGCCGAAAUCAAGCGAGCUCUGCUCAAUCUGUGUCUCCGUAUAUUUGAUAUGUUACCCGUUAUAGUUAAUGACAUGAUAGCGUUUUCCACGCACGACUGCACCGGAUGCACUGGUGCACAAUUUGUAUGUUCUACAUCGAACACGGGGCACAAUCGGUUUUAUGUUCCACCUUCAAUUUACCAGGUUUUUGCACUCAAUGCGUUGAUAAUCAUACGAGCUCUUAAUGACGGUGGACUUCUGAUAAUCUCAUUGCUCUUAUAAAAAAUAUAUGUUAUCUUCAUAUAUUAUGUACCUACUGUCGUUAUUGUAAUAUUGUGGACACACGGUAAUUUGAAACAACAACUUUGAACAAUUAUUAUGACAACACACCUUUACCAACAUAACGUGUUACAUCUACUUUUGCACUGGCCUAUACCAGUAUGAUUAUCAGUGUACUGUUCGAGUAUACUACCCGAAAGUACUAGUGUCAUAAUAUGGAAAACGCUAUGAUCAAGACCGUGUUAUGGAAUUUGUCGCUCCCAGGGACAAUAAACAAAACAUACAUUUAUAUGUUAAAAUAAUUGUAAUUUUCUUCCUGGGGUUAUGACUCAGCAAAUUUAUUUACUGUACAAUUUAUUAAUAAUAAAGUAAAAACAAAAUUAUUAAAACGGUCAAUACUCGUAAAUAAAUGUGAUAAUUGUUUCUACAGGACAUUAUAUUUUUUUUAUCGCUUAAGUUUGUGUCCAUCAUAAUUCUAUAAAUUAUGGUAACAAAUUACAAAAUAACAAAAUAUAUUAUAUUAUAUUUAAAAAGUUAGCCACCUCCCCCCUCAAACAGUGGCGUAUUUAGGAUUUACCAAUUUUGCAUAUGAAGCCAAUGAGAUGUGUAUACAGGACGAUUCACUAAGCAUGUUCACCCUGUAUAUAUAUACUUUAUAGAAUUUGGAACUUUUGGACUUAACCACAUAUUUAUAUACUUGCUGUUAUUACUACACGAUGUAGACAAUCGACAUGUCACAAGUUUAGCAUAUAACGCAACCAAUUGGAAUAUUCGAUAUAAUAAGAUAAUGUUUUCGUAAGCCGAUCGUAGUCCAGUUCGAAUUCAGGAGGUGGUCAAUAGGGUCAUUUACCCUCCCCUCAACACCGUAGUUUAUAGCUUUUUUCUUGAAUUGUUGUAGCGUAUAAACCAAUGUUUAUUGUUGUAAAUGGUUUUACGACCCCCCCCCUCCUCCAAUAAAAAAAAAUUAAUGUCUGAUCCUCCACUGUUACAGUCAUAACAAUAAUCGUGUAGCGCUGAAAUCGUGUUUAUGUUUGACGGGAGAAAAAUACAUUUAUAAAAUAUGAGUUUUUUUAGUCAGAACGUCGUAUAUUACCCCAAUAAAAUAUUUUCCGUUUACGACGAAUAAAGUGACUGCACGCGGACAUUCGUAAUUUGCGAAAACAUUUCGCUCGGCACGGCGCCACUGAAUAUUAUUAUCUUGUCGUAAAAAAGGUUUAUAGAGUAAUAAUUCGUUAUGUUAAAUUAUGUGAGUAUACACCGAGCUAGAACACUUUUUCCAUUAGUAAAAAUACCUCGAAACUUUCACAACGCACCCGAGAUGUGGCUUUUAUCCGUCCGCCACCAGUAUUUUAUAGUUGAAAUAUUUCUCUUGAUUCUGGACAGUUUUUCUGAAAAAUUUAAAACUACCAACAAAUGACGAUAUACAACACAAAUGACACUCGAAAUUAUAUUUUUAAAUUUCGCUUCUUUACGGGGCUUCGCUUGGAUUUUGGACUUUUUAAAAUUCUGUUGUCUUUUUGAUUAUGAGCUUUUUAUAUUUAACCGUGCGCAGUAUUUAAAACAACACAGUUAAGGUAUUACAUAUUUCUAUAGUAUAAUGUUUUGAAAAUUGUAAAAUUCUAUUAAUUUCCACAACCUAAUAUAAUAUUAGGGACGUUUUAUUUAUACGGUUACAUUAUUAUAAUAUAAUCUGUGACUGAUUCUAAUAUUUGGAAAUAAAAUUACAGGUGAUAAUAUUAUUCGAGUAGUAAACAUCACGAUACAUUUUUCGAAAAAUGUCGAACCCGAGCCAUUGUGCUAUCAAGAUAAGCUCAUGCUGGAAGAAGUAAGUACUAAACUAUAUAUCUAUAUACAUUAUACAUAUGUUAUGAUAUCGCUAAAGAAUGAGGUUAAAAAUUUGAUUAAGACUCUUUCUCUCUCCUUUUCUCUGAUAUUCAAACUUAGAAAAUUAAUAAUAUAUAAACUAUAGGUUAUAUUAUAUUUUAUAUUUAUUAUAUUUCCAGCGUUAUUCUCUGGAUACGUUUAACCCCGGUUAUGCAUUACCCAAACCAAUAUCGAUCAAUACGAACAGGUAAUAAUAUAUUAUUUUCUCAAUUUUUCGGUGACAAUUAUAAUAAUUAUUUCAUUUUAAUGGAAAUUAUAUAUGCUUAUAUUGCUUUUUUACAAGAUGGACGAUUUUGCGAGACCUAAAAGAAUCCAACGAUAAAAAGGGCAACGAAAUGUUUCUGUUAUCGUUGGUGCCUUUGAUGGACAAAUUAUCCGAUCAAGUACUCAUGGAAACCAGACGAAACAUGUUAGAACUUUUGGAGAAAGCUAUGAGCUGGAAGAGGAAUUUCGAUCGUUAAAAUAUCAAUAAUUUAUACGAGUAUUUUGUCACAUAUAUUUUUUGUACUUUGUUACCUAACCUAAACGAAAAUUGAUUUUUAUUUUAUGAUAUUUAUUAUUAUGUAUCUACCAAGUAGUUAUAUUCCUAUAUUGUUGUUAUUUACUAUAUGUAAUUUAUAGAUCAUAUUUAUUUUAUUUUAUUUAUAUUUUAUUUUUUUUCCAUUAUUUUUGAGUUUGUUUUAUUGAAAUAAUAACAACGUAUUAUCACUACAAUAUAAGUAUGCUGUAGAAUUAGGUAUCAAAUAGGUAUUCUUUAUUUUAGUAAGAAUGUAUUUACAAUAAUGUGAACUCUUUUUUUUUCACAAACUUUUCCACCAAAAAUCUUCCUCCGAUCAAAAAACAAUAAGAAAGCUGCUUUUAUAGCAUUUGAGAUCAAAUUAGUUUUCACAGGAAACACUGGGUUUUGAAUAUUCCUACAGAAUCAUCAAAAUAGAUAACUGGGUUAAAAUUUGUAUAGAACUCUUACCGAGAAUGUGAGAAUGUGCCUUUAAAAGGGUUGAACUUCCAACUAGCGUCCCCACUGUCUGUUUGUAUGUUAGCAAAAAUCUCGAGAACAGAUAUAUUUUUAUAAAACCAUUGUAUUCAAUUCCUUAUCCUUUAACUGGAAAGUAACACUGGAUACUUUUUAUACCUAAAAGAGAAGAGGUGUAGUUCUACAUGAUGUAGGGCAGGAGGAAUGAGUAAACGUGGUCAAUGGGUGUCAAUGUGUAUUUAAAAAUACAAAAAAAAAUUGUAAAAAUGUAAUAAAAUUCUAGCUUGCAAUAACUAUUUUAGAUAAUUUAUAAAAAAAUCAAAUCAAAUAUUAUAACAGCAAAAAGUCUGCUGGGGGAAAAUUAGACUAGUGACGGAGCUCUAGUACUUAACAGUGUUACAAUAGCACCAAACCUAAGUAUAGAAAACAGGUGUACAUCGAAUUAUUGUGAAUACGUAAAUAAAAUUCUGAAAAUUUCAAAACAUCGUGUGUAAUAUAUAUAAUUAUAAUAUUUACAGAUCCGUAC